AUGAUGCAGUCAUACCUAAGUAGGCCUAGGUAGGAUGAUAUAUAAUUCAAUUGAACAUUGUAAUCGUUGCAUCGGCUUUGAUUUUUUUUGUCGUGCUGUCAAGAUUGUUCUGCAUUUCCUCGGGACAUAUUCAAUGCAGAUCAACGCGUGGCCAGCACACAUGGAUCAAACGGGUCAAUCGGAUGACGAAGAGGUGGGAGAGCACGACUUCAAUGAUGGAAUCCUUGAUUUCGCAACGAUCGAGAGCGACGAGAAAGAAAAAGAUGAAGACGAAGAAAGCGAAUUCGAUCUUGGCAAUCCAUAUAGGCCGGAAUACGUGAGAUACGCUAUCGAAGUAGCCAAACCAAGCCCAUCUAUCGCGAGUUCACCAGCUGUCUACGGUGAUGUGAGAGAUUCACUGAAAACUCAGUUCGAACGCAUAGAAAAUCCUGGCCGAUUCUACGCAACUUUCCAAUCAGAAGGCCUCAAUCCUGGGCUGGCGAUAGGUGGUCUACGCAAGUUUGGCUCGCCAUUAGUCGAGCAUGACGUUAGAGCUAUUAUUGCGGAAAGUCACAAAGCUCCUUAUGGUAAAGGUACCGAGACUCUUGUUGACGAAGAAGUUCGCAAGACAUGGAAGAUCGACGGUCGCCAAAUCUCGCUCUUACAUCCGCAAUGGCCGGAUGCACUCGAGAAGAUCAUCGACGCAACUUGCGAACAAAUGGGUAUCCCUGGAGGUGGUACUGCUGUCGAAGCACAGCUUUACAAGCUUUUGAUUUACGAAAACGGGGCCAUGUUUAAGCCCCACAGAGAUUCUGAAAAGGUCCCGCGAAUGUUUGGAACAUUGGUGGUAUCGCUGCCUUCAAUGCAUUCGGGUGGCGAUCUGGAACUUUCAUUUGGCGACGAGAAGCAAACGUUGGCUACAGCACCGACAUCCGAAUGGCAUUCCACCUGCAUGGCAUGGUAUUCGGACGUUCUACAUGAAGUUAAGCCCGUCACCUCUGGGUAUCGCGUUGUCCUUACUUUUAAUCUCGUUUUCAAGGGCACAGCGCCUCCACCUGCGUUUGCAGAUUUUGAGGAAAAUGUCAAACAGCUCAGACAUUGUCUGGCGCCCUGGUUGCAGAAACCUGUGCCGUCAUUCCUCGUCUAUCUACUCGAUCAUCAGUACACAGAAGCCAGUAUUCAAACGAACGAGCUCAAGGGCACUGAUCUGCAACGAGUCCAAUGCAUGAUGAGGUUACAACAGGAGUCAGACUGUGCCUUCAAAUUAUGCCUUGCAAGUCUAGAGAAGUAUGUGAUGGGCGAGCCUGCGGGCCAGUGGGAUAAUUCUGGGAAUUUCCGCGAAAAGAUUUCCGAAGGCGAAGGAUUCCAUCCCAUCGAAGAAGUAUACGAGAAAACUUUGAAGUUGAAAAGUGUCUUUGAUCUUGAAGGAAAUGUUACCGCAAGAGAAGUUGAUAUCGACGAGGCGACUCAUCUUGUUGCAAAUUGCUUCCGUCCAAACAGGCCAGACAGGGGGAGUUCGAAGGCUAUACAGGGAAUGCGGGCGCAACAGCAAGUCACUGGUAUCGUAAUAUGGCUUUGGUAAUUAUACCAGACGGAAACUGGUCCGACCUGGUUCUCAGAUCCACUGCUAUCUCCACCGAAGGGUAUCAAGAUAUAAUCGCGUUGAUCAAAGAGGAAGUGGACAGGGUUGUGGAGGAUCCGUUGAAUCAGCGCUAUCGUGCCAGCUGUGGCAAGGUCUGCCAGGCUACCAUCAGAAAAGACCUGUUGCAACAUCGCGAAGGCUUUGACGUCGCAUUCGGGUGCUGUUUGAACAUUGAGAAUAUCAUCUUGGCUGCAGACAUCAUACAGCAAUAUGUGCAUUAUUGUUACGAACCUCAAGAUUGUGUCGCCGCGCUGA